AGUUUUUCUUUUUAGUGGUCGGUCAACGCAGCGCGGUCAUUACCAUACCUUUCGCAAUGAAUUGGACAAGACUUAUUGCUACAUUUAUAAACUUGCUGACAUGGUCUACUCAAAUUCAAAAAUUUAAUGUCAGCGGCAUUCGACAACAGCCCAGAGCACAGAAUUGGCUACACUCUUUUAGAGGAGAACUAAUACCGGAAUACUUUUAUAAAUCCAUUGAAAAGUCAGAUGGUAGUAAACACAAUCUGCAACAUAAGUUACGACACUUCUUGGAAAGACUGCACAAAAACUUUACAGUGUCGACGUUGCUUAGUGACUCCGAAAAUAAUGUUACAAGUGUAGAAAAUUAUAUUCUUAGGAUGCACGAAUUGUCAACGUUUUUUUACAAAACUUCAAUAACUAUUGAAACAUUUUCUACAGAUAGUGAACAUUUUUUUGAAGUGUCAAAAAAUUCAAGUCAUGAACUUUUAUUAAGACUUCGGCAAAUUCCAACAGCACAACCACCAUUUGUUAAAGUUUAUCUUACAAACUACUUUGCUGAAAUGGAAUUCUUUCAUACUAUAUUUUCAGAAAUUAUCGACGAAGCAAUGGAAUAUAACUUAGAAACCCUAAGAGCUAUUGAAAAAAUAUUUUUUUACUACGCUGAUACACAAAAUAUUAUUUUAGAAAAUUGGAAAUUGAAGCUAAAUCUAGAAUGCUACAAGCUCUAUGUUGACUUUUUACAACAUUUUUCCGCCAAGGUUUUUAAAUGUGCCGCUGGGGAUAAUCUUCACCUGGUUUAUGAUGUGUAUUCCGUGACAAAGCUUAACGUCAAAUACAUUAUGACACAGCUUGAGUUUCGCAUCCAACGUCUUUUCAAUUGUUUUGUAAAUAAAAGUUUUACUACACGAUGUAAAUUUCUUUACAGCGCGGAGCGAGAUUUUAAAACUUUAUUUAGCAAGCUCGCCGACUUAGAAAUGUAUUUGGAUGUAAAAACUAAAAAAGGCAACGUUUCGGCUUUACGAUUUCGGCGAACAGCUACACGGCAUGAUAAUACAUUAAAAUCGAAAACGGCUCUUGACGAUUGUAUCCCAAUUGGCUUUCCACAUAGUCAAAUGUCAUUUAAUCUAAAAACAUGCUUUUAUUUUCUAUAAAUAAAAAUAUAUAAUGCAGACUAAGUAACUAUAAUAACAAAUACGUAUAAUAAAUGUUUGUUUUAUACAUACAGCUGCGGCAACAAAAAU